UUCAUGCGACUACCUCCUACAGAGCGCUCACGGUUAGUAUCGAUGUUUGUGCGAUCAACUGGUUGGUUCUGAAGCAGCAGCGGAGGCAACACAACACAAGUGAAGCUAGCCUCCGCAUUUCUGAGGACUCACCGCUGCCCGCCAUGGGGUUGACCAAACAGUACCUGCGCUACGCCGCCAGCGCCGUAUUCGGCGUGAUCAGCAGCCAGAAAGCCAACAUCGCCUACGUGACCCUGCGGGGGGGGGAGAGGGGCCGCUACGUCGCCGUGGCCGCCUGCGAACACGUGUUCAUCUGGGACGUCCGUAAAGGGGAGAAGGUCUUGAUCCUCCAGGGCCAGAAACACGAGGUGACCUUCCUCUGCCCCUCGCCGGACGGCGUCCACAUCGCCGUGGGCUACGAGGACGGCGCCGUGCGCCUCUUCAGCCUGCUGAACGGCGAGAGCAACGUGGCCUUCAACGGCCACAAGUCCGCCGUCAGCGCCAUGACGUACGACGCGCUCGGGGCUCGGCUGGUCACCGGCUCAAGGGACACGGACGUGAUCGUGUGGGACAUCAUCAACGAGUCGGGGCUCUACCGCCUCCGAGGCCACAAGGACGUCGUCACCCAGGUGUUGUUCCUCAAAGACAGGAACCUGCUGGUCUCCAGCUCCAAGGACAGCUUUGUGAAGUGGUGGGACCUGGACACGCAGCACUGCUUCAAGACCAUGGUGGGCCACCGCAGCGAGGUGUGGGGCAUGGUGCUGCUGAACCAGGAGAGCCGGCUGUUGACGGGCUCUGCAGACAGCGAGCUCCGAGCCUGGGACAUCAACUACCUGCAGGAGGAGAAGGCUGAAGGGGAACCGAAGGGGAAGAAAGGGAAAACUCUGCUGGAUGAUGACGAUGAUGAAGACAACGAGGAAGGAGGGGAUGACUCUCUCGAGGAGCGGAUCCUCCGCUGCGAGAAGGCCGGCUCGCUCCUGCGGGAGGCCCGAGACCGAGUCGUCUCGCUGGCAGCCGACGCCAAGGCCCGAGUCAUCGCCUGCCACGGCAACGACUCGGUGCUGGAGCUCUUCACCGUGCUGGAGGAGGAGGAGGUUCAGAAGAGGAUGACGAAGAAGCAGAAGAAAGCCCAGAAGAAGGCAGCGAAGACUCCGGGAGACGCCGGCGAGGAGGUGAAGCGGACGCUGACGGACGAGAUCCUCCGACUGACCAACGUCAAAGCCUCCGCCAAGAUCAGGUGGGCGGACGUCUUGCUGUGCGCCAGCGGCGAGCUGAAGGUGGCGCUGCUGCUGCAGAACAACACCGUCGAGACCUACGCCCUGAAGUUGUCGGAGCGGGCCCCCGCCCCCAGCAAGACGGCCCGCCUCACGCUGGGGGGCCACCGCACCGACGUCCGCACGCUGGCCUUCAGCUCGGACAACCUGGCCGUGCUCUCCGCCUCGGGGGACACGGUCAAAGUGUGGAACAGGUCGACGCUGCAGGUGAUCCGCACCAUGGCCUGUGAAUACGCCCUCUGCUCGCUGUUCGUGCCCGGAGACCGGCAGGUCAUCCUGGGAACCAAGAGCGGGAAGCUGCAGAUCUUUGAGUUGGCCUCCGGGAGCCUCCUGGAGACGGUGGACGCCCACGACGGGUCUCUGUGGUCCCUGUGCCUCGCCCCCGACCAGAGAGGCAUCGUGACAGGAAGUGCCGACAAGAAGGUGAAGUUCUGGGAGUUCGAGCUGAUGAAGGACCAGGCGAGCGCUCAGAAGAGGCUGACGGUGAAGCACACGCGCACCCUGCAGCUGGAGGAGGACGUCCUGUGUGUGAAGUUCUCUCCUGACCACAGACUGCUGGCCGUCUCUCUGCUGGACUCCACCGUGAAGGUCUUCUACACCGACACGCUGAAGUUCUUCUUGUCUCUGUAUGGACACAAGCUGCCGGUUCUCUGUCUGGACAUCUCGCACGACAGCACGCUGAUCGCCACCGGCUCCGCCGACAGGAACGUGAAGAUCUGGGGUCUGGACUUCGGCGACUGUCACCGCUCCAUGUUCGCUCACGACGACAGCGUCAUGUUCCUCCAGUUCGUCCCAAAGACUCAUCUCUUCUUCACAGCAGGGAAGGACAAGAAGAUCAAACAGUGGGACGCCGACAAGUUUGAGCACAUCCAGACGUUGGAGGGACACCAUCGUGAGGUCUGGUGCUUCACCAUCAGUCCGAGCGGAGACCACAUCGUGUCGUCCUCUCACGACAAAUCCCUGCGCCUGUGGGAGAGGACGAGGGAGCCCAUCAUCCUGGAGGAGGAGCGGGAGAUGGAGCGGGAAGCAGAGUUUGAGGAGAGCAUGGCCAGCGGAGAGGUUCCUGUGGUACCCGGAGAGACUCAAGGAGAAGCGGCGCCGGCCAGCAAGAAGACGGUGGAGACGGUGAAAGCUGCGGAGAGAAUCAUGGAGGCUCUGGAGCUUUACAAAGAGGAAGCCAGGAAGAUGGAGGAGCAUAAAUACGCCUGUAUGGCGGCGGUGAACCAGCUCCCUCUGCCCAAACCCAACCCCAUCCUCGCUGCGUUGGGAAACGUUUCGCCGGCGCGCUACGUGCUGGACGUCAUAAAGAAGGUCCGCUCCAGUGAGCUGGAGGUGUCUCUGCUGGUGUUACCGUUCCAGUACGCCCCCCCCCUGCUGACGCUGUUCAACGACUACAUCCAGCAGGGCCUGGAGGUGGAGCUGGUCUGCCGCUGCCUCUUCUUCCUCCUCAAGAUCCAUUUUGGUCAGAUAUCCAGUAACCAGAUGCUGCUGUCAGUCAUCGACGAGCUGCGGACCAACACCGUCUCCAAAGUGCAGGAGAUCCGGGACGUGAUGGGCUUCAACAGCGCGGCGCUCCAGUUCCUCCAGCGGGAGAUCGAGAACAAAGAGGAGGUGAUGUUCUUCGCCGACGCCACGGGGCAGCUGGCACAGAAGAAGAAGAGGAGGAGGAAGAGGGAGCGAGCCAUCCUGACCAUCGCCUGACCAUCGCCUGACCCGCAGAGGACAUCCCCCGACUUCCCCCCCCACGCUGGGAGUUUUGUAUGGUUUCUUUUUGACAUGUCAGUCACAUGCUUUAUUUCCCAAAAUAAAAAACUGCUCACCGGAAGCUGCUUUGUGUUCACAUAACAACCACAGAUUAAUGUUCUUAUGAGAUCCAAAAUAAGUAAAUGACUCAAUACGUUUUAAUAUUACAACUAAAUUGCCCCAAAAACAAUAUAACGAAUGAAUGUAGGCAAUUAACUGAUCUUUUAUCAUUAUUACUUGUAAUAUUAUAUGCAUUUUGUUUAUUUCUGCAAACUUAUUUCUUCAAAUGAAAACAGGAAAAUGUAGAUAAAUAUGGAAAUCAAUACAUAUGUUAAGACAGACUGGCAGACUGAUGAUGAUGAGGAAGAGGGAGAAAUAAUAAAUAAUGUUUUUGGGGGGUUUGGUGUAUAAAUCUCGCAGCUUUAUUUAUGUGGGACAUAAAUGUGUGUUUUUGUGUUCUAUUCCCUUCAGAUGCAACGCUGUUUAGGGACACACUUCAUUCCCUAAAUAUACAAUUGACAUUUAUUUUGUCAUUUAUCUUUGUGUCAAUUAAACAUUUUCCAAAUUAUG